GACGCUUGCUAACACGUAUGUUAACGCUGCCGUUAAACGCUUUUGUCAUUCUUUGGUCAGUUAUUCGAUAAAUAAUCAAAGCAAUGUUUUCAUAAAUUACAUUCUUCUUUACCAUACGCAUGGCAGGCAAUGAUACGUCAACUAACGAAACCUAUUUGGGGGAUGAUUGCCCAAUACCGAUACAAGUUUUGGAUUUUAUACAUGAUUUUAACAAACCUGAUUUAGAAUUAAUUUGGCCAUGUCAAGUGAGAAGUUAUUGGAUUAAUAUUCAACCAUUUGUCCAAUUCGUUCGUAUUUUAUUAGCUUAUGUCACACCUUUUAUUAUUAUACUUGGAGUAGCACUGAACACGGUGUCAUUUAGUAUGUUGAGUACGUUAGUAUUCUGUGACUCUGGAUUAUCUUUGUAUUUACGAGCACUUGCUAUAUCGGAUAAUGGAGCGUUAAUUUUCAAUUAUGCUGUUGGAGUUGCAAGAUCUCAUUCAUCACGUGUCAAUGCCCUAUUUAUGAACAGUCAGUUUUUAUGUGGAAUGACUUCAAUAUCGAUGGAAUUCUUUCAAUUUACAUCAACUUGGCUCGUAGUAUCGUUGACUUGGGCUCGUGUUGGAGCAAUAAUGUUUCCUCUUCAAACUCGUCAUAAAGAUCAUGAUCGUUCUGCAGCUAUAACGAUUGUUAUUUUAACAUGUACUAGUUUUAUAGUCUCUCUGACAAAGUUAUAUUCCGGUGGCUAUGAAUCGGACAGUGUAUUUGAAUUUAUACCUUGUCAAAAAAUUGCUACACCAUGGGGGAGUACGAUGUAUGUUUAUAUAGCAUUUUCCACUUGGCUUCCUUCACUUUUCAUUUCUAUUGGUAACUUAUUGCUUAUUAUUCAUAUGAGAAAGUCUGAUGUAAUACGAAUCCAAUUAACUCGAACGAUUCGUACUAAACCAAAUAUAAUAAAUCGCACAAGUAGAACAUUAUUAGCAGUAUCAAUUGUUUACUUAAUUUUAUUAUUACCAAUUGGAAUUGUAGAGACUUUAGAAUUAUAUUGGGAUGUAAUAUUAAUUAGAUAUCCAUCUAGAAAUAUUGAAGAAAAUGAAGAAUAUAUAAGUUGGCUUCAAGAAAAAAUGUUAUUAAAGUGGUGUCGAGGUUUUUUUUUUCAUGUUUAUCACUGGAAUUUUGCUAUAAACUUUUUCCUCUAUUAUCUGACAGGAAAAAAAUUUAGAGAUCGUGUGUUGAAUGUUCUGAAAAGCGGUAGGAAAUCAUUAUCAUCAAUAAGUACCUCACUAAGUAAACGCUGUGGUCUGUGCUGUAAAUUAACUCGUAACUUUUUACCUUCACAAGCAUCUAAUAUUCUAUUAAUACGAGUAAUAUCUGUUGGUGAACAGAAUAUGUGCAAUAAUAUUGCAUCACAAAAUAUUAAUAGAACAAAUAGUGUCAAUAGAUAAACUAAUGUAAUUGAAGUUGAAUAUUUUUGAGUCUGUUAUAAACUUUUCCCUACAUAUUAUUCAUACUUUUAUAAACGUAAAAUUAAUAUAUUUGCAAUUAAUGAUAAGCAAAUGAGUUAAUAAAUAGACAAAUAUUCUUCUAUCACUCAGUCAAUUUAUAUUAAUGAAAUAUAUCACAUUCUACAUAAAUACAUUGUAUAAUAACAAUAAUGUUAUGCAAACAUGUUAAAUUAUUUGUCAUCAAUGUCAUAAAAAAUUGUCAGCCACAGUGUAUAAUAUCAAAUAAUCACAGAGUGGUCCCAAUAUCAUUGUAAAUUAUACUAUAAAUUUGAACAUGAAUUUUGAUUAGUUUACUUAAUCAUAUAAAGAUAUUAUUUUUAAGAAGUAUAAUAGAAAAAAAUUAUUAUGCAAAAUCAGUUGUAGGUAGAAAAAAAUAUUUACAACUGUUGUACGCCUUAAAAGAUACAAAAUUUCUAAAAUUGUGUACAUUUUCAUUAUUUUAAGUAUUCAAAUCUUUUUAUUGAUUGCUAAAAUUUAUUGUAAUGAGGAUAUUAUUUUAA